AUGGGGAGCACGGUUUUGUUUGAGGGGGUCUCCAACAGCUUGGGGGCUGGCCGUGUGCCCGACCGGGGCUGGGGAUUCCGCCUGGCUCCUAACUCUGCAUCGCCCACCGCCCGCUGUGCCUGGGCCUCGGAGACCGGGAGAGCGCGCGCGCGGCGUCCCCGCCUCCCUGGCGGGCCGGGGGCGGGGAGGCGGCGACCCCUCCCUUUCGCCCAUCCCCUCGGGGCUCGCGGCCUGGGUGCUCGAAGGGCGGGCCGGGGGGAGGGGAAGGAGAGGGGAGAGGGGAGGAGGGUGGAGGGACAGACCGGCGGCGGCUGGGCGCGGGCCUGGCGGAGCGGGCGGCAGCCUCGGGGUCCCGGUGAGCCGGGCCGGCGCUCACGAAACGGGCCGGGCCGACGCGGCCCCCGGAGCCGUCGGGGGCCCUGGGAAACACUGACGGGCCACUUUCCUCUUGGAGUUGUGAUCGUGUUCAGGGGGCGGUACCGGGGCCGGCGUUUCUGGUCCCGCCGCCGCCGCAGCCAACAUGGCUGCGCUCCUGAGGCCAGGAGGCGGCCGCUGCUGAGCGCCGCUCGGCGCCCGGGCCCCCAGCCCGCCCAGGCCCCUGCUCAUGGCCCUCGCGGCCUCGCGGCUCCCGGCGCGCUAGGGUUGCCGCCAGCGUUCGCUGCCCCGAGGAGCCCGGGGCCCGUCGCCGCCCGUCCGCACGCCCGCCGGCCUCGGGGAGCCCGGUAG